CUUAGAGUUAGCUCCCUUCUUGCAACAAGAAAUACAAUUUUAAAACAUUUUAUCUGUUGAAUCAAAUUGAAUUGCUGUCCUUAUUCAAUGAUUGUCAUCAGUAAAGUGUCACUAGAUUUAAUACUGCAGAUAAGGAGGGAAAUCCCUACGUAGCUGAAACCUUCUAAGUACAGUGAAUACAAGUGAAUACCAAGCACCAUGUUUGACUUGCCAGCCCAUAUAGGCACCAUGUCGGGCCUGGGCCUGCUGUGGACGUCCUUAUCUGGAGUGUAUGUUUUGAAGGGAAUGUACCAAACUGUUGCAGGCUCGAGCACCAGUCGUGAUUUUGAUGGUGAGAAAGGAAUAUUGAGAUUCAACAAAAGACCAAUAAGACGACUGUUCCUUGAGCUAGGCAUGAAUGGUGCAAUAUGUAUAGCUGUAUAUAACUCAUACUGGUUUGGAAUCACAAACUUUGGUUGGCUACAACGUUUUGUUGACAGAGUAUCAAACCCUGGUCUAGUUACUGCAGAUGAAUUAUCUGUAGUUGUUGGAAGUAGUCUCCUGUUUGCACGCACAUGCGUUAAAUGGUAUCAGAGUGUCUAUAUUAAUGUAUUUAGUACAACAACAACACUUGGACUUGUAGACUGGUUAGCUCCUCAUAUAUACUCACUGUGCGCUGGUCUCACAAUCCUAGCCGAGGCUCCAGCUUUAGAUGGCACUGGAAGAGGUUGGUUCCACUGGUCAGAUUUCAGUUGGCACCAUCUAGCAGGUGUGGCAGCAUUUGCUUUGAUAUCACACUUUGACUACAAACUGCAGUACCAGCUGGCGAAAUUCAGGAAAAAUAGGGCAGGCCAUGUGGUGAGCGAGGAUCAUAAACUACCAAAAGGAGGAAUGUUUGAAUAUGUGUCAUGCCCACAACUCCUCAAUGAAAUUCUCAUACAUGGAGCCAUCGGUGUAGCGCUAGGCUUCAAGCACCAGGCCUGGUGGUUGUGUACUGGCUAUGUUACCAUGAGUCAUCUGGUUCGAGCCCUAGGGCGUCAACAAUGGUACCGCAAGAAGUUUGAAUCCUACCCUCCAAGCAGAAAGGCUAUUAUCCCAUUCUUAUUAUAAAGAUGGAAAAAAUAUCACGACUUUUUUU